AUGGAAUCAGCUGAUAGGCGACAUUUGGAUGUUUCUCCCACCUUGAAAGCAAAAUUGUUGGAGCUUUUAGAGUCGAAAAAACUUCCUUUGGAGGAACUAGCCCAAGCCUUGUACAUUCAUGAUACCUCCCCUUAUGCAACAGUUGCUGAUCUUGUUAACCAGUAUGAAAGCAGAAAUCAAGCACUGACAUUAGAAAAAUGGAAGUUCAUUUUUAAGAAGCUGCAUUUGUCCAAGGAACUUGAAGAUCUUUUGGCUGUGGAUCAGAGUGUAAUGAUGAUUAAUCCAACAGCUGUGGGUGAAGUAAACUGCAGUGGGUCACUACCAGCAGAGAAGUCUCUGCAAGGAACUCAACCUAGUCAGGACCUAGUUGAACCAAGAGGUGUUCCUUUACAAGAUAAGCCUUUUCUUUGUGUGAAUGAUCCUUCCUUAAAAUUGCCAGUAGUUAACCCAAGGGCAAGAGAAGGAGCCAUCCCAAAAACUAAACAGCCUCAGCCUCCACCCAGCACUGUUAAGCCUGAUGUUGGGGAGAAAAUGUUGAUUGGUGCACCUGGAAGUCAGUCUGAUUUAAAUCUACCCUCCAUACCAGGGGGAGAUUUUGGUGAUAAAUGUCCUCAAUCCUGGAGUCUCCACUCUCCAGAGUCAAUUGAAAGUGCUGAGUGGAAUGCUGCUGAUUGUUCAAUUCUUUGUGAUUCUUCAGUACAAAAUGAAAGUCAAGAUACCGGGUUCUUCUCAGGAGAAGGUAACUCUUGCGCCCAGACAACAUCAUCAUCCACUGCUCUAUUGUACACACCUGCCACAGGGAAUGAAGAAUAUCAGGACCAAAAUGGUGCCUCUACUGUUAUACCUGAGCCGGGAAAAGCUAAACAUGGGAUUCAAUUGCUGCCAAGCCUCUCAGAGGAUUCCCAAAUGCAGCCUGGUCGUUCAAGAACCCCAGCUAUACUCACUUCUCCUGAAAGAGCACAAUCCAAGCACAGUCCUUCUACUCCAGAUUCUUCAUUAACAAACAUAGAGAAUGACCUAAGAGCUAGGGAAUACCAAGGAGCCAUUCCAAAAAGGAACUGGCAUCAGCCCUCACACAGCACUGUUACGCAUGAUGUUAGGCAGGAUAGUGAGUCAAAUUUAAAUCUACCCUCCAUACAAGCAGGAGAUUUUACGGGCAAUUGUCCUCAAUCUAGUUCCCCUCCUCCAGAAUUGAUUGAAAUUGCUGCAAGAAAUUCUGCUGGUUGUGAAAUCUUUUGUGAUUCCUUGUUACGAAAUGAAAAUCAAGAUACUGAGUCCUCCUCAGAAGAAGGCAACUCCCUCUCCCAGAUGACAUCAUUAUCCACUACUCAAAUGGAUGCACCUGCCUCAGGGCAUGAAGGUAUUCAGCACCAAAACAGUGCAUCUGCCACUAUACCUGAAGGUGGAAAAACUAAACAUCAGAUCACCAAAAGGCAGCUAGAUCACUGCAAAAUAACACCAGCCAGACCCAACACUCCAGAAGGAGCACAACCUGGUAGAAACUCCCUCUCACUAGUGACUGGACGUCAUAACAGCAGGCCAAACCAGACUGGUGAAGAAGAUGACAGAGCUGUAGAACAUUAUGAUGCCACAGAAAAUAAUGGUCUACUGGAAGAAACAAAACAGGAAUUAGAAUCCUCACAGAAAAGUGUCCUGUAUUUAGUAAAGGAAUUAAGAGAAAAAGUGUCAUUUUGCCAAACUCUCAGGGCAGAUCUGUUCCAGUCAAGGCAAACUUUGAAGGAAUCCAGGCAGCAGUGUGCCAAUUUAAAGGUUUUCAGUGAUCAUUUGCAGGAAGAAAAUCAAGAGCUGAGGAGAAGUUUGGAGGAACAGCAGCAUUUGUCAUAUAGGAUACUUGAGAGGAUCCAUCAAAUGGACCAAGGAAGUCAAUGUUCUCAGACCCAAAUAGCAAAUCUGAGAAGAGAGAGUCAAGAACUUUCUGAGGACUUGAAUGUAGUAGAAGCUGGCGAGGAGAGUGAUGAUGGUGAAGAAGUAUUUGAGGAUGCUCUGGAUCAUUUGUGAUUGGUGUAAAUCUGGAGAGAAAGUUUACCUGCUCAUUCUUAGAUGGUUUGACAUCUGAAUUUUGUUGUGUAACUAAAUGUCAAUUGGUCUUUGAAUUGCAUUUGAAAUCGGUGAAACUUUUUCUAUGUGAGAAGUCAUGUGCUGUAAGAAGUAGGCAAAGUUAGCUGAAUUUUAUAAGGGUUAUUACAUCAUGCGAGCAACUUUUGUGAGUGCACAUGCUUUUUAAAAUUGUUUGGUGAAUAUAAUUUUUUAAUGAUAUUGAAAAUGAUGGUGAAUGUCUAUUUAAGGUGUUGCUAUGUAGAAUAAUUAGUUGUAUGCAAUGAGUAAUUUUUCAUAUGAAACAGUUGGCCUUUCCAUACAAAGCUGCAAGAGGAAAAAGAAUAGUAGCGUAUGCAAGUUUGUUCCAAAAGUCCUAAUGCAAGAAGCAGUCAUGUCUUCAUUUGUGUUUUUCCAAAGUUUCCAAGAAGUUUUCUCUAUUGUAUAUUUUGUAGCUACCCCUUUAAUGCAAUCUCCGUAAAGUGGAGUAUGUACUUUUAACUGUUUAUGAUAAUUUAAAUAUUCUAUUAGAUUUAGUGUUGUUUACAUCAGUAUUUAUAAGCUGAGGUUUUUAUAACGUUCAGAAUCACUUUUUCUAGAUUUUCCUAUAAACUCAUUCCAUGAAUUCAUUUUAUUACAUUGAGUGUAUCAUUUAAUUCUCAAACUUAUUCCAUGAAUUCAUUUUAUUACAGAGUGUAUCACUUAAUUCUUAAAUUCAUUCCAUGAAUUCAUUUUAUUACAUUGAGUUUAUCACUUAAUUCUCAAACAUUCCAUGAAUUCAUUUAUUACACUUAGUUUAUCACUUAAUUCUCAAACUUAUUCUAUGAAUUCAUUUUAUUGGACUGAGUGUAUCACUUAAUUCUCAAGCGCAUGCAUUGUUAAAUUUUACUGAAAAGCUGAGGUUUUCAGUGCUUCUUUUUCUGGCCUUGGAACAGGCUAAUGGGGGUGGUUGAUGGAAAAAUUUUUUGAACAUUGAAUAUGAUGAUUUAUUUUAACUGACUCAAUUUACUUUUGACCAAUUCUUAAAAUUAAUUUCAACUAGGGAUUGGUCAUUAUUUAUCUCUAAGGGAGGGGGGGUCUGAACACGGUCAAAAUGGUGAGAGUUAUUUUAAUGACUAACAAUAUUGUAAAGGGAGAAUUAAUAACGAUAGAAUAUAAUAUUCAUAAUUAAUAAUUAAUCAUGAUAGAUAAUGAAAUAAUGAUGAUAUUAGUAAUGAUAGAAAAUAGUAAGUAAUAUAUUUAUGAUAUGCAGUCGUGUGUUCGCAGAGCCAAUAAGAAUUUCAAAAGCAGUUUUCAGGUUACCAUUCUAUUGACUGACUGAGAGAGAAAACGCUACUCCUUCUCUCUCUCUGCUAGAUUUUUAUUAAGUGAUUGGAAAAGGAUCAGGCUUCCUUAGGAAAUUAACCGAACGGAAAUGGAAGCAUGUCGUUGUCUUGACGAUUUAAAUUCGAUAGAAGUAUUGGCCAAAAUGCGUGACUGUAUACCACUAAAUUAUGGGAAAAGUCUUACGUAUUGUGUAAAGGUUAUUAUAUGUCGUAGCUCGACAAAAAAAUCAAGCUGUCAUUUUGUAGAUGCGAUGUUUAAAAACAUUAAAAGUAUUUAAUU